ACAGUACUCUAUUAAUGUAGUGUAGGACAAACACACAGCUCUGUCACUGACUGUCCUUAAGAGUAUCAGGGCCCUCUGCGCGUGUCUUUUGAGAGCACACUGUCAGAAGACCAAGAACACUCACACUUGCCCCUUCUUGAAGCCUGCUUUGUGUAACUAACGUAGACGGAAACGGACCUUUUCCCGCACGGUCGCAUGCCCACCAGGUGGCACACAUCAGGCUGAUGAUGAUAGGACCAGAGAGAUUUGGGCUUGUGGAGUUACCGCUGCGCUCAGUGAACGUCGACGGUUCACCUCUCCUGGAGUUGGCGGGAGAGGAGCCAUGCGCAACUGGUGACCACCACGAGAUUGAGAGCCUCGUGACAGCGUCGGUUGAGGUGCCUGUGACUGUAGAAUGCAGUGCGUGGGGAGAGAAGAUGCCGUUCCACCACGUCAGGUCUACACUGCUCUACACUGGAAGUCUCCUGAGCCGGACUCUGUCUGAGGGGAGCGAAGCCUUCCAAAUCACCAGUAUAUCCACUGAGGAGCUAGGAGAGAUCCGGCAGGCGUUCCGGGUGCUGGAUCGGGAUGGGAACGGGUUCAUCUCUAAGCAGGAGCUGGGCAUGGCUAUGAGGUCCCUGGGAUACAUGCCUAGCGAGGUGGAGCUGGCCAUCAUCAUGCAGAGACUGGACAUGGACGGUGAUGGCCAGGUGGACUUUGAAGAGUUUGUGACGAUACUGGGACCCAAACUUCUGUCGUCUGAUACCAGAGAAGGUUUCCGAGGAAGCACCAUCGAUAACAUCUUCUGGCAGUUUGACAUGCAGCAGAUGUCUCUUGAUGAGCUGAAGCAGGUUCUGUUCCAUGCGUUCCAAGACCACCUGACAAUGAAGGAUAUCGAGAACAUCAUCAUCAACGAAGAGGAGAGCCUCAAUGAGACUGGGAACUGCCCCGAGUACGAGGGAGUCCAUCCUAAGAAGAAGAACAGACAGACGUGCGUGAGGAAGAGUCUGAUCUGUGCCUUCGCCAUGGCCUUCAUUAUCAGCGUCAUGCUCAUCGCGGCCAAUCAGAUGCUGCGGAAUGGCAUGGAGUAGCCAAUCACAAUGUGAGCCUGGGGAGUGGGCGGAACAGUAUUAUAACCUCACUUCCUCUCUCUGCAGUAAAAGAAAAAAGGAUGACAGAGCAUCCAGAACCCAAACACAUCUGUGAAGGACAACUAUAUGUUAUUUUAAAUAAAGUUUGUUUUGAUUUAUACCGUAAACAGACAAGAGGGUGCAAGGCCUGAUGAACAACAAAGUAAAAUGAAAAGCCAUUUUUUUCAAGUCACUUGGAGGACUUGAUUAACAUAGAUAGACUGGAAGGGAUGCAAAGCAAUCGUUUUAUAUUUUGUGGGGAUUAUUCCUUUCAUUUCUGUAUCAGAGAAGGCCAGCCGUUUAAAUUAAGAUUGCUUUUCUAAUCUCCCCUUUAAAAGAUUUUCUAAUCAACAGCAAUCUAUUCAAUAUGCAGCAGGUGCUUUGAGCCAUUUCUGAACUUUUGGUUCUGGAGUUCGUAUUAUUUCAGGAAGGCAAUAUCUGAGGAUACUGAUACUGUACUACUGUUCAAUGUUUUAAACUGUAUAUAAACAUGUUAAUCUGUUCAUUUAAAAAAAUAUAUUGUACUAUCUUAUAUUUAGAUUUUAUACCUACUCAGUCACUCACCUGUGAACAUUCUGCACAUUUAUUUUUACACUGUGACAGAGGUGGUUUGCAACUUAAGGACAGACUUGUGUUGGCUCCCAGAGCAAACACCAAGGCUUUAGCUCUGCUGACUAACAUAGUCUUCAGUAAAAUAGUCGACCUUCUACUGUACACCUGACAUUCACUCCCUCGCAGUGUUCUUACAAUAUAGUUGACUGUCUAUUUGUCUGUCUGUCUGUUAUACACUGCAAUGUGACUCUGUGGAUAUUCAAAGACACUGUAUGUAUGUGGAGUAUUUACCAUAUGUCGUGUCAUUCUCCGUGUCCAUAGGACAGGACUGUCUAUGCUUGGUCAAGGUUGCUGCCUGGUGGCUAUGGAGAGAACUUCAUCCAAAUGCUUGGAAUUUGAACCACGGAUAAUACAGUUGUGGUCUAAAAUGUCUUUGACCAGGCCCGAUUAAGAUUGCUUUUCAUUCCAGGAGGCUUUUGGGUUUUUCCACUUUUGCCCUCGUUCACUCCCCUUCACAAAUCCGAUAGGACUAGAUGGUUGAAAGCAUAUAGUGGAAACUCCAACACCUAUCCGACCUGAAGGCUUGGUGGAGCUUUUUCUUUACACCUACUGUACCAAUCCAGGGCCAAUAUUCAUGAAGCAUCUCAGAGUAGGAGUGGUGAACCAUUACCACCUAGCGGAUUCAUGUCAUUUAAACUGCUGGCCAUGAGACUCACAAAGCGUCUGAGUAGUGCUAAGAAGAUAUAUUUUUACUCCUGCUCUUAUGGGUGAAAAUAAAAGCUAUGCAUGAAGCCUCUUUCGUCAUUAGAGUCGCACCUCGUUGACAGAUAUUUAGGAGACCUCAUGAGCUGCCCUAACCAGUUGAGGGACCAGCGGGUGCCUUGAAAAGAGAAAAUGCAGCGAGUCAGUAGUUCCUGCACCACAUGCAAUGGCUUUGGAGUUGUUAAAGAAACGUUUUGAUAUUUAAUUUAUAUACGAUCAAUCCAUAAAUAAUCUGGACCUACAUGCAACAGUAUAUCUUGCGAUUUUGACAAUGAUUUCUCCUUGGCCUAUUUAACAUGAUAUGCCUAAAUACUUAUGACAGGGGUAUUCAACUCUAUCCCUACAAGGACUGGAGCCGACUAGUUUUCUGUUCUACCUGAUAAUUAAUUUUACCCACCUAGUGUGCCGGAUCUACAUCAGUCCCUGAUUAGAGGGGAACAAUGAAUAAAAGCAGUGGAACUGGCUUUGAGGUCCAGGGUUGAGUUUGAGGGCACUAUGCUAACAAAUAAACAUUUUUCUUUUGAUUAUUUAAUAACCUACAUCAUGCUACUUCAUGUUAUCCCUUAAAACAGGUUUUUAACAAGAUUCCUUUUUUUGUGGAUAUUAUCAAGCAGCUCAGAGUAGUGCUGAUCAAGAAUCAGUUUUGUCUUUUAUAUCACAAUGAAUAGAAAGAUUACAUGGACAGGAUGGAGCUAAUCCUAGAUCAGUACUCAUACUCUGCUACACUUGAUACAUACAGCCUCUAAAAUCCACAUACUGUACACACUGUAACGUGUUCAAGAGACAGAGUAGUUUACAGAGGUCAUUCAACGUUAAUGUUUUCACUUCCAAUAUCACAUGUGCGGGCUACUGCAAUGUAUUUAUAUUCUUGGCCAUGUAGUGUAGCUCAUCACACACAAAAAUCCCCUCGCUGUCUCAGAUAUUUUAAUAUAUUUAUAUGUGAUUGGUCCAUCAGUUUAUAAUAAAGCCAUUAUGGCUCCUGACACCAGCAUCUAAUUGUAAUGUGUAUCUAGAUUAGUCAUAGUUUUACUAUUGAAAAUGUUUCUGACAUAUCUUUUCCGACCUGGUAAAGGGAAUGUAACGAAAGAGGUCUAUUGCUUGAGGAGAUUUCUAUCACUGAGUUUCUACAGUGCCUUCGGAAAGUUUUCAGACCCCUUGACUUUUUCCACAUUUCUUGAGGUUACAGCCUUAUUCUAAAAUGUAUUAAAUUGUUAUUUAAAUUGUUAUUUUACACACAAUACCCCAUAAUGACAAAGCAAAAACAGGUUUAAAAAAAGAAAGAAACACUGAAAUAGCAAGGAGUCAUCAUGCCAGGUAGUCCUGAGGCAUGGUCCUAGGGCCGAGAGAGAGCAAGAAAGAAAGAGAGAAUUAGAGAGAGCAUACUUAAAUAAGGCUGCAACGUAACAAAAUGUGGAAAAAGUCAAGGGUUCUGAAUACUUUCCGAAUGCAUUGUAUCUAUGCCUACCACUCAAGUAUCCCUGCACAUUGUAAAUAUGGUAUUGACACUGACCCUGGAACUGACCCUGUAUAUACAGUAGCUAGCUUACUUUCUUGUGUUCUUCUUAUUUCUAUUUCCUGUGUGUUUUUGUCCUACUUUACUAUAUUUUAUAAUACUACUGAUAUUGAUUGAUGCAUUGUUGGGAAAGAGCUUGCAAGUAAGGCUAUUUGUUAUAAAGGCUACUUAGAUACAUUUCUAUCUCCAGCACCACCCCAACAUCUACAAAAAAAAGAAAGAUGGAGAUAAGUGUUUCCAUUGACAUCAUCAACCAAUUUGGUUAAAAUCACAUGAUACACACCGAUGAUGUCAUUGGAAAAACGUAUCUUCCUCUAUUUUGUUUUACUACAAAACAUAGAAACCAUUUUCACAUAUGUUGGGGUGGGGCUGGAGAUUAUGAAUAUGAAGUAGAAAAAUGUUGACAUUUCCCUUUAAGACUGUCAUAUGCAUGACAAAACACAAUACCUUAGUUACAAGAGAGAUUUAUUGAUCAACGCAAUAUAAAUAUAACUGUUCAAAAUAUUCACGUCUGCCCAUGUCAUUCUUGAAUGGAGUUUGAAUGUCUGACUAAUUUAGAAACACCUCUAAACACCUUUAAAAGUGACAACUUGAGGAAUAAAAAAAACCUGCGUUGAAUAACACAUUCACAAAUGGCAAAAAAGACAGUAGAAAAUAAAUCAUAAGGAAUUAGGUUUUGCAGUGCUUGUCCUAUAUCUUCGUCGGUAUAGUAAAGCUCAGGAAAUAUAUACACUGCUCAAAAAAAUUAAGGGAACACUAAAAUAACACAUCCUAGAUCUGAAUGAAUGAAAUAUUCUUAUUAAAUACUUUUUUCUUUACAUAGUUGAAUGUGCUGACAACAAAAUCACACAAAAAUUAUCAAUGGAAAUCAAAUGUAUCAACCCAUGGAGGUCUGGAUUUGGAGUCACACUCAAAAUUAAAGUGGAAAACCACACUACAGGCUGAUCUAACUUUGAUGUAAUGUCCUUAAAACAAGUCCAAAUGAGGCUCAG